GGGGGGCAAGAAUUGGCAGUGGUGUGUUCAGCAAUCCAACAGCAGCAAUUGACAUAGUGAAAGCAGGAACAGAAGACAUUUAGAGACAUGACGUCCGUGCAGGCUGGGACCCGUGAAGUUGCUGCAACUUGCAUGGAAUUGCUGGAGAUGGAGAUGGUUGCGGGGUACGCACAACGGCUUGGUGAUCGCCCGGAUAUUGCUGGCCGUCGGAUCGAAGCCAUAGGAUUCCAGGUGGGACAGCAGUUGGCAGAGAGGUACACAAAGGACAGGAACAGGUUUACGGAUCUGAUUGAGAUUAUAAAGUUUGUUUGCAAGGAUUUCUGGGCUCAGGUCUUUAGGAAACAGGUGGACAAUUUGCGCACAAACCACCGGGGUGUUUUUGUGCUUCAAGACAACAAGUUUCGAUGGUUCACACGGCUUUCUGCUGACCCAGCUUCUUUGCCCACAGCAACAGCAGGCAUGCUUCCCGGCCCGUCAAGCUCCUCUUCCGGCGCAUCUCCUCCUCGUCCUCCUGGUGCGGACCUUUCCAUUACCACACCCCAUGAUUACAACAAGGUCACAGCAGCCUCGCUGGCCCAGUUCUUGUACUUCCCAUGCGGGAUUAUACGAGGCGCACUCACGUCUCUAGGUGUGCCGUGCACGGUCUCGGGAGAGAUCGUCUCGCUCCCGACGUGCUCUUUCACAGUUUGCAUUAAGGCGUGAAUCACGCUGCACCUUUCUAGCAUGCCGAAUGGGUGGCAUGCGCCUACUACAGAUCUGGGUCUGCUCCACUUUCGAACUCCGUUGCAGCAAAGUGAUGAUGUCGAGGAGUCGAAAGGGCUCGUCUCGAGGGUGGCAGUGCGCUUCUACCACCCCUCAAGAGCACAUGAGCCUUGUAUCCGCCGCCUAAACGGACGAUUGUCGAUUAGAUGUUCUACGUCUGCCGGAGAUCUGCACACAAGAGAUACACGAGUGAGUUUCCGAGAAGUCGUCGGGGCGACUCUGACAAUGAUACUGCCUGUAAUACAGACCCACCCUGCAAAAAACGCGUGUGUGCUGCUGCACCUAUUUCCCUGCUCAAGGACUGCGAGCGCACGUGGGCUGUGGAUGAGCGACCGCACAGUCGGUAGAGAUGCACUUUGGUGAAGCUCAUGUACCUCAGGUGUGUGUAAUACUGUGUAUAGAUGGGUAAUGGAUUAGUAAUCACUACCAACUCCUAAGCACUGCCAGUCAAUGAAUCACACAUGGGCAGUGUACUGUGGAGCACAGCUGUCAGUAAGAAAGAGCCUUAAACCACCAGUACUUCCUGAAUUCGCUCCGCGUAUACGGCCAGCCAAAAGUGGAAACCGCGCCGUUUCCACUUGGCUGAAUCGGGCCUACCGGCCCAGGCCCGUUCAUUCCAAAUUUCGCUCCGCGUAUACGGGAGCGUUUUCAGGAAGUACUGGUGGUUUAAGUUCCUUAACUGACAGCCAGUGUCACACACCGCCGUGUCACACACCGCCACAGUUAGGUGUCAGUGCCGCCGCCACAGUCAGAUGCCAUCUCACUGAUUUCAGACCAAGUGCUAAUUGUGCCGUUGUCGUUGACUGGACGUUCUUCAACUGCCGGAGAGAUCUGUGUGUUGUAGUAAGUUUGCAGCGGUCUCGCGCUGUUUUUUUUCUUUUUUUAGUGAGUCGAUCAGCGCAUGCCAUACCCAAUUUAGAAAAUGCAAUUGAAAUAUAUUUCUCAUGUCAGAACUCAGAAGACAUCUGAAUAUAUUUUUCAUGUCAGGAGCCAUGUCAGACCAAGUGCCAAAAAAUGUGUCGUCGUCGUUGGGUGGGCUGUUUCCAAGUUCAGUAGAAUUUUUUCCGAUCUUCGUGACUUUGUCUGCAUUACGUAUGUUUACGGCCAAUCUUAGCAAUGUUAGCAUGCCCAUGUCCAAUUUAUGAAAAGGCAGUUAUAUAUAUCGUAUAUGUGAGUACGAUCGUAAAAGAGCAAGUAGCAUUCUUAUUAGUGUAAUGUAUCGCCAUUGCCUGCUAAUAAAAGUUAUACAAUAGU